AUGUCCUUGGAUGGCUCCCGGGGAACGGGCGGUACAUCACGGUCCGUCAGCCCGGAGGAUCCCUCCAGAGGGCCUUCCAUGGCAGACCUCCAGUCCUCAGGGCGCAUGGCCAGCGGCCUACCUACCACUGGGCAACCCAAUUCUCAGCGUUGGUUUUCAGCUUCCAGCUCUAUCUUACAUGCAUUGCAUGGUUUAUUCCGAAAGCAUCUAAGCAUCAAGAUACUUGGGGGCUCAUUGCAGGAUGACGGGGAUUCUUCGGGUUUGGACAGAGCUGAUGAUAGGCUUUCAGCACCCCGCAGAGUUGUUUUGAGGUUGGGAGCGCAGUGA